AAAUAACUUUAAACUAAAAAUUGUAACCGUGCAAUGCGCGAUGAAAUCUCUGCCCUCACCCACAACUUAAAAUGAUUUAUGAAAUGGUUUAAAUACCUUAGUCUGCAACAGACUUAUACGUAUAUUGAUAAGAACACGUUUUUUAUAGAAUUUAAGAGGACCAAAAAUAUUAACCUGCUGACUAAAGCUCAUAAAUAUUACAUUUGCAAAUUAUUUUUCAUGUCUCCUGCAAAACAUUGUGCAGUAAAGCGCGAGCGGGUGUAUAUAAUUAUAUCAUUGUCACCUUUCGUCUCUAAUCUUACGUAUAUUUGAUCGUAUUCAUUUACAAAGCUUAUCUACAAUUGCAGUGCAACGUUUUUAUUUAUCAAUAUGUAGCUGAAAAUAAAUUUAACAGAUAAAAAUAAAAGAUGAAACAGAAUUAGAAAAUGUAUGACUAUUUUUCAUUUAAUAUAUAUUGCAAGUGUUCCCAGGUAUUUUAAUAACAUUUAUGUAUAUUAAGUACAAAUAGAUUAUUAAGGCGGCGUUGUGUCAUAAUUAGACCUAAGGUUAGAAUAUGUGACAACCAAUUAAUCCUAAUACACUAGUCUGUAGACAGAUUUAAUCUGUUUUGAAUGUAAUUACCGUUCAGAAAUAUCAAUCAAGUGCAACAAUGACCGUUAAAUUAUUUGAAUUAUUUAAAGAAAUCUUUAAAAGAUAUAUUUAUUGUUCCCAAUAAUCUUUUCAUAUAUUUUAAAGUUCAUUUCAUAGAUUGAUAUAGGAAUAAAUUUCAAGUUACUAAAGGUCUGAACAUGUACUGAAAGUAACUUUUUAUAUGUUAUCCCAUCCAGUGCAAUUUAUGAAGUAAAAAAUAUAAUUGAAAAUAUCAUGCUGCGUAUUCUAGCAUAUCAAUUAUUACAUUGUGUCUUCUUGAAACGCCCGGGUCUUUUACCAGACACAUUCCGAAUGACUUUCUUAGAUAUUUUCUUUUCACUUUUUUAUAUUUAGUCUUCGGUUUGCUUGUUGCUCUGUGUAUCUGUAACCCAGCGUCCUUAGUUACAUAUUUAUAUUUUAGUCAGUAUCUUUUGUAUUCUGUCAUAAAGGUGCGUCCCUUCUGACACAUUUACUUGACAUUUAUAGUUGUUACUAUGUUUAAAUGUUUUGUAAAUAUGUUUCCAUGUUUGAUGUCCUUGAUUGUUGUAUGGAUGUGGAGCUCAUUGCUCAAAUCUAAAUAAAGCUUUGUGUGUUCUGUAUUCUAAUACGAUGUUAAAUGUUUAUUUAAUUGUCCUUAGAAACUGUUCAGUUGCACAGAUUUUCUAUAGAAUGUACUAUUUCAAAAUCCUUAGUUGCGUGUUUGUAUUUAUUUGUAAAUUUAAUAGCAUACAAACAAAUCUAUAGCAACCAAUGGAUUACUUUAUUGGCGCAUAUUUACAUGAAUACAUCGACCUUCAUCGAUAUGGUAUUGGGUUCUUGUUCAACCAUUAAACAUAAGUGGCAAUGUUAAUAAUUAGGACAUGCCGCGUUCAAUAGCGGCUUAACAACGGAAUAAACUGAACCAUUCUUUUGUACACAAUUGGUAAAUUGGUUUCGCUUCGCAGUUAUGUGGUGUUAGCAUGUAUAUAUUGGAUUAUUUGAAAGUACAGCUUUCACUCUGUAAAGUUGGUAUUGAAAGAUUAGUUCUCAAAGGAUAUGCAUAGGAAACCGUAUUUCUUGAUUAAGAGAUUUAUCCCAUACUUUCGUGCGACGACCGACGGUGCCGUCUCCAUGGUGAAGUGUGAACCCAUGAACAAAGAUGAUAUACAUCAGGACGCUUGCACUCUCCUGGCGCUUCUGCGCAGGGACGAAGACAGUCUGAACGAUGCCGGGAAACAGCUAGUGAAACAAAAUAAGGAUUACUCACGUGACGUGUUUAUGCACGAGGUGGACGGGUGGACGCCGUUCCACGCUUUUGUGUUACGAGGGGCGCGAAAAAUGGUGAAACUUUGUUUAAAGGCUAAGGUUGAUGUGAACGCUACUAUGGGGUCCCCAGAUGGACUUCCUGGGGGAUGUUCAGCAUUACAUUUAGCCGCACAUCGUGGUGACGUCAGCAUAAUAAAUAUCUUAGUGUCAAAUGGAGCGGAUCUGGAUUUAAAAGAUAAUCUGAAUAGAACACCUGUGAUUUAUGCAUCACGAGCAAAUAAUACGCUGGCAGUAAAAACUUUACAACGCGCAGGCGCAGAUAUGAGCGGAUGUGACGCAAAUAAACAAUCAUCAGACGACAUGACGUCAUCACCAAUCGUAUGCUUUUUACCAUUUGUUUGUGCAGGAGUCCGUCGGUAGCAGGAGCAGCCGGCGAUAAAGCAUGCUCAUAGUCAAAUAGUCAUCAACAAGCUGUGAUAUCGUAAACAUUUAAAAGAGCUUUAAAAGUAUUUUGUGAUCAUGUUUAUGCAUCAGUGUGCCUUCAUGUCAAUAAUGGGAGUAGACCACCAAUUCAAUUGGUGUGACAAUCGUCACGACGUCGACCCGUUGACGGUGGUUUAUAAAGAAAUCCAAGACUAAUUCUUUUACCAGUAAAAACUGAUAUUUCAAAAUGUUUUUGCAAACUAACUUACCACAACACUGCCGCACACUACUUAUCAUUUUUGUGCGGAUCUACGACCCAAGAUGCUAUUGUCCAACACGGCCUUCAGGAUGAUGAAAUGAACGUUGAAGAGAUUGUGAUUUGUCAAACGCGCCUACCUGGAUUUUCGCUAACUCUAGUCUACGUUGGAUUUAUCAAACUUUAGCUCGACCAAAGUAAUGUUUUAAACACUCUUUUGCCGUCUUAUUUGUAAUGAAAUAAAGUGGUUUCAGAAUAUCAAGAACACAGGCACGGGUCCAGUGUAUUUUUUUUGUUUAAUAUAAAAAAAAAUCCAUUUUUUUUCCCACACAAAUAUACUUUUUAUAUGUUAGUCAAAUGAAAAAAAAAUUAAUGACAAAAAAUCCGGUCACAGUAUCAUAUACAUUGAAUAUAUAUGAAUAUAUAUGAAUACAUUCAAUGUAUAUGAUACUGUGACCGGAUUUUUUGUCAUUAUUUUUUUUUCAUUUGACUAAAAUAUAAAAAGUAUAUUUGUGUGUUUUUAUAUUUGUGUGAAAAAAAAUGGAUUUUUUUAUAUUAAACAAAAAAUAUACACUGGACCCGUGCCUGUGAUCAAGAACAGUCGCAACAUACAGAAUAUUUUAUCGUUGGCACAAACAUUUUAGUCAUGUUUACAGGGAAAAGGUAGUCAAAACCAAGUUCUGUUUUAAAACAUGUUAUUGCUCAGGUCUUCCGAGAUAAUCGUGGAUGUCUGCACAAGUUGAAUGUUAUUUUUGUUUGUUUGUUUUGUAUUUACAUGUACAAAUGCGCUAUGACUGUUAAGUUUGAUUGAUAAUUUAUUUUUAAUCAUGUGUUAUAGGAACUGUUUUGAUAUAUAAUCAUUUUUUUUUUCGAAACAGCAGUUUCGUUUUCGAUAUCGUUUGUAUCUUUUUAAUGUCUCAAUUUCAACUUUUAACUAGGUGUAGUAAGCAUUAUGCUGAUUUCACGGCAAUGCCGGGUUUUAAAGACCCGUAUUUUUGUGAAACAGAACUAUGUGUAUAUUAUUCAUUUACUCCGAUACGGACGGAGAAAAAAAAAGAGUAUCGUUUAGAUAUUGCAGAGCACAAAUCCUCAAUGCCUUCGACUGUAACAGUUACUUUAUUGCAGCAUAUUAAAAUUAUAUUCAUUUUUAUAUUGAUUUAAAAUUAAUGUUUUUCUUUUUUUUUUCAUGUAAUAUUUAUUUUAGUUUAAGCGUUUUGAUGUCUGUUUUGAAAAAAAAAAUGUAAAUGUACUAUAAUUUUGGGGGUGAAGAAAAACAACAGCCAGAACAAUGCCGAAGACAAAUAACUAAACCUUUAUAACUUUGGUUAAAGCUUUAUUACAGUACGCCUAAAUAUAUCAUUUCUGAAUAUAGUUAUACUGAUAAGAAAUUCAUGUUUUAGAAUUGAUGAACAAUACAGUCGCCCUUUUUUGUGUAUUGUACAUAAAUCACCAUAUGAAGAGUAAAGAACAUGGUGUUGUUAUAUUUUUUUGUCCUUUAGGAUUAAGGAGUACAUUAAUUUUUACCACAACAGAAUUCCGCUUAAGCCGGUGCUAGGGUGCGUGAGGGUUAGUGCACAGUUCAUUACCUCUCAUAAACAGACUCAGUCAAACAGAGUCUGCGAUUAUGUUGCUUGGUUGCAUUAAAUGUUUUAAAGGGUCUUUUCAUGGAUUUAUUACAUGUCUCUAUAUGUUACAUGUACAUUUUUAAGAAUCUCAAGUGUCGUGCUCAUUUUAGUAGUUUAAUCAUUGAAUAAACAAAUUUAUAUAAGCAUUAUAGCAGAUUUAUUUGAUAUAUCCGUAUAUUAUUAUUCUUCGUAUAUUUUUAGCAACAAAUACCUUAGCUAAAUCGAUAUGAUUAAUCUGAAAUAAGUUAAAAGUAGGUCUAGCAUUGUGCAUACAAUGUAUGCAGGGUUAUAGUUACUUCUUUAACUGGACUUGUUUUCAAUUUUGAAGCAUAACUUCUCAGCAUCAUAACAUUUCAAUAUAUAUAACAAGCACUAGCCGCAAAUUGGUAAGCUCGUUUUAAAGUUCUUCUUCUUUUUUUUGCAUAUACAUUGUUGAAAUAGAAAUCACUUUUGUGUUUGUUUUUCGAGCAUCGCAUACAAUGGUUUACUAAAGUCUUACUACUAUUUGUACAUGUUUAGAGCAUUAAAUGUCAGUUUUACACAAUUUGUGUUGAACCACUUUUCUCUUCUAAUAAUUUUUUUAAAAUAUAUUUUAAUGAAUAAUAAUGACGAAACCGCUAUAUACUUACAGAGCUGCUGUGAAUAUAAAGUGCAAUUAUUUUUUUCUUUGUAAUUUAUGCUUGCGUUACGUUUACGAAGAAAGACGUUAUCCUAGCUAUAGGUUAACUGCCUUAGGUUACAUGUGGGACUUCAUAUUUAAAAGUUGCCCUGCUAAAUUUCUAAAAUGGACUGGCCCAUCAUUCAAUUUGGGCAGUACCACUUCCUAUUUAAAGGGAUGUUCAUUGAAAUUUAUUGACUGAAUAG